AUGUCAAGGAUAGUGUUAAUUUUCCUACUAUAUUUGCUUGAUUUCACGUCAGCCAGCACAGAAUGCCUCUGGGCAACUGGAAUCAUCGAGUGUCGCAAGAAUCAGACCCGAGUCGAGGGAGCUGUUGUCGAGGUAUUUGAUCUCGACAGCCCCGAGGCGGCAAGUUAAUUUUUAUGGAAUAUGUAAAGAAUUGUUUUCACUGUGCUAUCUUAACCUAUUUAGAGUUCUAUUGUAAACCCCCUUGAUCCCGAUGAUAAAGUUGGUUUCUCUUACGUGGAUAACACUCAAGGGCUAUGGAAUGUGGAGGGAUGUGCGGCGGAUCAAGAUUGGCUUCCCGGGAUCCCCAAUCGCCCCGAAUUCUACAUCCGGAUAUUCCACAAAUGCAAUCGGCCUGAGGGGGAAUUCAAGAGGAUACUACCGGUGUUCCGCGUCUACACCCCCGAGACCUACGACUUUCACAUACAACAUCCGAUAGUGUUGGACCAGGAUUAUGAUCCCAAGGAAGACGAAAAGGCAUUUGAAUUGGAUAUGGGCUCCGUCUGA